GGCACACACACACGUGCACACACACUCCACAAACACCAGCCCAGGCUGGAUCUCUCCUCUGGUCAGGGUUGUUUUCUCUCUGCACAACUUCUGAGGGACAGAGAGGGAAGAGCGUGAGGCAGCAGCCAGCUGCAGAAGAGAAAGAAGAGGGAGAGGUUUCGAGUAUAGGUUCCCUCCACCCCCCCUUCCCUGGAUGAUCUCUUCUCCCCGGCGGGAAGCAGAAGGCAGGACCCCCGCUGGAACUUUCACCUCCCGAGAGACUGACCUCAGAAAGCCAGCAGGGUCCGGGGGAGGGCAUGUCCCUCAUCCCCUGGCUUCGGUGGACUGAAGCGCCCCCACGGUUGUCGUCCCGGAGGCCGGCUGAGAUGGUGCUGGAGACGCUCAUGAUGGAGCUGGUGGGGCAGAUGCGAGAGGCCGAGAGGCAGCAGUGGGAGCGCAGCAACACGGUCAGAAAGGUCUGUACCGGGGUAGACUACAGCUGGCUAGCCAGCGCACCCCGGCCCACCUACGACCUCAGCCCUGGUGAGCGGCUGCAACUAGAGGACGUCUGUGCCAAGAUCCACCCCUCCUACUGUGGACCAGCCAUCCUCAGGUUCCGGCAGCUGCUGGCCGAGCAGGAGCCCGAGGUGCAGGAGGUGUCCCAGCUCUUCCGCUCGGUGCUGCAGGAGGUCCUGGAGAGAAUGAAGCAGGAGGACGAGGCCCACAAGCUGACGCGACAGUGGAGCCUGCGGCCCCGCGGCAACCUGGCGUUGGCCACCUUCAAGACCCGCUCACGCAUCUCCCCCUUCACCAGUGACAUCCGGACCAUCUCGGAGGACGUGGAGCGGGACACGCCGCCACCGCUCCGGACCUGGAGCAUGCCCGAGUUCCGGGCGCCCAAGGAGGACUGACCCGUGCCCUCCCCUGCCCAGGAGCUGAGCCACCUGCGGGAGGGCAUGAUAGGCCGGUGACUGGUCCCGAGUCCUGGAACCUCCCCACCCGCACUUGACAAGGGGCCCAAGAGGUGGCCCCAUCCCAAGACAUUGCUGUAAGAUGGAGCAAGCCCUCCGGCCCACACUCCCCCAUCAGCCACGAGGCUUGGGGUUAGGGCUUGGAGCUUGGAGCGGCAGCGAUC